AUCGAAAACCUACGCUAUGCUAUGCAACACUCUCUCUCUUUUUCUCGGUCUUCUCCGACUCUGCAACGGUGGAGCUUCACAAUCCAAAACCCUAACUCCUCCCAAAACACCGUCGUUUUGUCCCUGCAUUGUUCACACACCUACAAUCAGAAGAUUAUGAAAUCAAUUUUCAUUGCUGAAUUUUCAAGGUGAAAUUGAUUCAACACGUGUGGAGAGUAGAAAAGAGUGGAUUUUUGUUGUAGUUUUGUGUAGUGUGAUAAUUUUCACCAGCUGGGUUGUUUGAUUUUGGAUUUACAUGGUGGCACGUAGGAAACAUUGAUUAUGCAUGCAAUUUUCUAUUUGAUUGGCGUUUAAGUGUGAAAGUCAAUGAUUUAGCAGUAUAAGUUGUUUCAUUGUUUGUAAUGGAUGUUCAUGUGAUAACUAUCGGAGAAGGAAGUGGAUCGAUGGAACAUAAUGUGGAUGCUGAAUUUGGUCAAGUUAAUGAUGCUGGAAACUCGGGAUCUCAUGCUGAGGGUAUGGUUUCGGAGCCGUAUUUGGGCAUGGUAUUUGAUUCUGAAGAUUCUGCUAAAAGUUUUUAUAGUGACUAUGCUAGACGGUCGGGUUUCAGCUCAAAAGCUGGUUUGCAUGGUCAGUUUAAUGCUGAUGGGACAAAUAUGUUCCGGGAGUUUGUGUGUAGUAGGGAAGGUUUGAAAAGAAGGAUGACUGAAAGUUGCGAGGCGAUGAUUAGGAUAGAGCAAACGGGUCAAAAUAAGUGGGUUGUUACAAAAUUUGUGAAGGAACAUAGCCAUUCUCUGGCGGUACCUGAUAAGGUGGAAAAACUUCAACUGGUGAAGCACUUUUCUAGUGUUGGAAGAACCAUGCCUGAAACUUACAAAGGACUGGGGCUUGUUCCAACUGGUGUCAUGUAUAUAUCUAUUGAUGCUCAUCACGUUUCCUCUGACAAUAGUCAGAAGAUUAGGAAUUCUCCUGCAGCUGCUGCGAAAACGAGUCAUCCAGUUAAAAAUUCCACUUCGAUGCCUUAUAAUGCGAGGCAACCCAUUAAAAAGAAGACAUUAGGGAGGGAUGCUCGGGACCUGCUGGAGUAUUUUAUGAAAGUGCAGGCUGAAAACCCUGGUUUCUUCUAUGCAAUACAACUUGAUGAAGAUAAUCGUAUGUCUAAUGUGUUUUGGGCAGAUGCAAGAUCAAGGACAGCUUACAGUCAUUUUGGUGAUGCAGUUACCCUGGACACAACACAUAGAGCAAAUCAAUAUAAUGUGCCAUAUGCUCCAUUCACUGGGAUAAACCAUCAUGGUCAAAUGAUUUUGUUUGGUUGUGCACUCAUUUUUGAUGAUUCUGAGGCUUCUUUUUGUUGGCUCUUCAAGACAUUUCUAGCAGCUAUGAAUGACCGUCACCCUCUCUCUAUAACUACCGAUCAGGACAGAUGCAUACAAACAGCAGUAUCACAAGUUUUUCCCCAAGCACGUCACUGCAUAAACAAACGUUAUGUCUUGCGAGAAGGCCAUGAAAAAUUGGGCCAUGUAUGUCGCAUGCAUCCUUAUUUUCACUAUGAACUCUAUAAUUGCAUUAACCUGACAGAAACAAUUGAGGAGUUUGAUUUUUCUUGGAAUUCUAUCAUAGACAAAUAUGAACUCAGAGGGCAUGAUUGGCUUCAGUCCUUGUAUAGUGCUCGUGAUCAAUGGGUUCCAGCAUAUUUCCGUGAUUCAUUUUUCGCUGUAAUAUCUCCUAAUCAAGGAUUUGAAGCCUCUUUUUUGGACGGUGUUGUCAACCGGCAUACAACAUUACCAAUGUUCUUUAGGCAGUAUGAACUAGCUUUGGAGAAAUGGUUUGAAAAGGAAAUAGAAUCAGAUUUUGAGACAAUUAGCACUAAUCCAGUUCUAAAGACACCUUCGCCAAUGGAGAAUCAGGUUGCUAAGCUUUAUACACAGAGAAUAUUUUUGAAGUUUCAAGAAGAGCUAGUUGAAACUUUUGCUUAUACCGCCAACAGAAUCGAAGAGGAUGGGGUGAAUAGCAUAUUUGGAGUUGCAAAGUUUGAUGAUGUCGAAAAGUCGUACACUGUCACAUUAAACCAGUCUGAAUUGAGAGCUAACUGUACAUGCCAAAUGUUUGAAUUUUCAGGCAUUCUUUGUAGGCACAUUUUAACUGUUUUUACCGUGUCUAAUGUAUUCACUAUACCAUCCCACUACAUCUUAAAACGGUGGACAAUGGAAGCAAAAAACAGUAAUGUAUUGGAUGAAUGUGGUGGUGAAUCACUUGCAUAUGAGUCUUUGACAUCACGGUAUGCCAAUCUGUGCCGGGAAGCCAUCAGAUAUGCUGAGGAAGGUGCUGUAGCUAUGGAAACUUAUGAUGCUGCAAUGAGUGGUCUUAGAGAAGGUGGAAAGAAAGUUGAUGUCAUGAAGAGAAAUAUUGCCAAAGUGUCAUCAACUAAUCAUCGACUCAGCGGGAAUGAUUGCUCCGAUCCCGACAAGAAAACCCCUACUUCAACAUCAGAUACAAGUACAGCCCCUCUUUUAUGGCCACUUAACGAUGAAACAUCGACGUUUAAUCUUAAUGACGUCGAUGCUCCUGUUCAACCAAUGGCUGAUCUGAAUUUACCACAAACGACCCCAGUGCCACGUAAGCAAGUUGAUGUUCCAUCCCCAGUGCCUCGUCAGCGAGUUGAUAGUCCAUCCUCAGUGCCUCGUCAGCGAGUUGAUGGUCCACGACCAGUGCCUCGUAGGCGAGUUGAUGGUCCAUCCCCAAUGCCUCGUCAGCGAGAUGAUGGUCCUCCCCCAGCGCCUCUUCAGCAAGAUGAUGGUCCACCUGAAAACACGGUGGCUCUUCCAUCUUUGAAGUCAAUGACGUGGGUAAUGGAGAACAAAACCUCAAAUCCAGAGAACAGAAUAGCUGUUGUCAAUCUCAAGUUGCAAGAUUAUAACAAGAGUCCAUCAACAGAAUAUGAGGUUAAGUUCCAUCUCUCUCGGGUUACUGUGGGACCUGUUUUGAAGUCUAUGGCUGAAGUCGGGGAGCAACUUUCAACAACAGCUAAUAAGGUUGCUGUAAUAAAUCUCAAGCUUGAUAAUGCCCGGGUUUCUGGUGAGUCUGAAGUUAAGUUUCAAGUAUCCAGGGAUGCAUUGGGUGCUGUGCUACGAUCAAUGGCUUAUAUCCGCGAGCAACUUUCUUGUGCUGGCGACGCGAACUCAGAACCUAUGUCGAAAAAGCGUCGAAACUGAAGCGUCUGAGUUUCAUUUAAUAGCCGGGUGGUUAUGUGAGUAUGUAUUUUUGAUGGCUGUGUGGUGGUCAUUUGAUACACAAAUGAAUUAGAAAUUGUAGUGUCUUUUUUUUGUGCAAGCCUCUUUCUCUACAAAAAUUUGUUCUCUUGCAUAUUUGUACAUGUAUCAUAUCGUAGGCAGAAGACUUGUUUGAUAGGAAGGAUUGGAAAAUCCUCUACCCUGCAGCUCCAAACAAUCAAUUACAAUGAGUAGAAAUGGGUUUAAGAACAUGUCCAGGGAGAGGAAAGAAAGUAUAAUUGUUGUUCAGUGUCUUUUUAAGAGUCACUAUAUCCAAGAAGUUUGGUGACAUAACUACCGUAUGAAUUGCUAGUUUUAAUUUUUUUUGAAGAA